CGCAUGACUUACAAAUAUUUGUAGCAUAAGAAUUGUAUUGUUCAAACAGUGAACCGAAGCGGUCUCGGAGCUUCGAUUAGGGACGCGUAACGUUUAUUUGUCUCCCUCGUUACAAAUGGGUAAGAUAUAGAAACGUAUCCAUGAUUUGCGAUAACGCUCGUGCCUGCACAGCUUGUGCUGCCUUUUCCUGCUAAUAGCCCUUGCCGAGAAUGGGCCGGCCUUUCAAGCAGUACCUGUCUGGCCCGCGCAUCUACAGCUGCGCUACCUGCAGAGCUCAUGCAGCGGACCAUGAUGACAUCAUUAGCAAGGCGUUCCAGGGACGCCACGGCCGUGCUUAUUUAAUUAACAACGCGGUGAAUGUAUCAUUGGGACCAAGGGAGGAGCGAGUUCUCAUCACCGGUCUUCACACGGUGGCCGAUAUCUACUGCACCUCCUGUAACACUGUACUCGGCUGGAAGUAUGAGCACGCCUUCGAGGAAAGCCAGAAAUACAAGGAGGGCAAAUACAUCAUCGAAAAAGCUAAGGUCAUGAAGGAGGGCAACUGGUGACGCCUCUGUGACGCCAGUCUUGCUGCUUGGGGUAACAGCCUAAGCCCAGGCACCCUGUGCGCUUUGUCGGGCUGCUGAACCUUAGCUGUGCGUCUCGUGUCAAGGCUCAAUAGGCCGCGCUUCCUGAGGUCGUCGCCCCUCCUUCCGAUGCCGGUCUUCACAUUAGCCUUCGCAUUCAACGCGGAUUAAGCCCAAGGGCAACGCCCGGCAGCCCAGAUGAAGGCGGUGUCAUGUGGCUAUGACCCUACUCCAUUGUACCACUAAUUCGAGUUUCAAAUGUGCAUCGAGAUGUUUGUAUCUCAUUGCCCAGGCUGCUCUCUGCUCUCUCAUGCCCGUAUUGGUGCAGGUAUAGGAGGUGAAAUAAAGUCUGGGCAGGUGUGGGGGUUACAGGAAGUUUUAGGCGCGGAGGCAACAUGUCCAGGCAGGCGCUUCCGCGUAGGAAUUAUGGACUGUUACUGCUCUUAUACUCCUACCCUUGUUAGAGAUGAGACCUCCCUAUUGAGCAUUCGUCUUCUUGUGGACGUACUACGUCG